UGCUGUGGCCGUCGUUCACCCUCAGUCAGUCGAGCGAGCGUACAAGAGGCAGCAGGCAGCUGCUGAGCAGCGAGCUGGGAGGCGACUCCUGCCUCCUCUCCAGCCAGUUGCUCCUCCAGUGCGAUGGAAACUAAAGGGUCGCGUAGCAUCAGAAGCAGCAGCAGCAGCAGCAGCAGAAGCAGAAGCAGCAGCAGUAGAAGCAGCAGCAGCAGCAGCAGGGAUGGAGGGCAGAGCUACCGGGCAGGUCAGCAGGGGUCAUGAGGGCGUCGCAGGCCCCGCUCGCUGUCCGCAGCAGCUGAAGCAGACAUGGGCAAAGAAGUCUCCACGCCUGGCAACGGUAGGCUCCGCCUCAUCGACCUCAUCGAUCCGCAGCCGCAUCCUCCUCCGCUACGACCGCCACUGGCUUCCUUUCAAGUUCUCUCUCUUUGCCUGUUCCUCCCUGUAAGACUCUGCGAUGAGAAUGUCCGACACCGCUGACAGUGAAACGACGAAGCUCUCCGACGUCCCCGACCCGGCGCCGCCGCCGUCUCCAAAGGAAAACGCCGCCAAGUCUGAGGUGUCAGAUCAGAGCCAGAGCUGCAACACGAAGAGGGACACGACGACCACGCAGCAGCAGCAGCAGCAGCAGCAGCAGCAGCAGCAGCAGCAGCAGCCUGUGAAGUUCUCGAAGUCGAGCACCAGGCUAAAGCUGGUGCGGAGCCUGGCCGUGUGUGAAGAAUCCUUCCCUUGUUCUAUUCCUGAGCCGUCAGCAGCUCCUCAGGAUGGAUUCCACCUGCAGCCGCCUGAGAAGGAGGAGCGCGCCGAGGCGGACGACGUCUGCGACGCGGCGGACAAACCCGAGAAGACGACGCAGACGCAGAAGAAACGCCUGUCGAGAGACUCCAGUCAAGAUUACACUGAUUCAACUGGUAUAGACCUGCACGAGUUCCUGGUCAACACACUGAAGAGCAACCCCAGAGAUCGGAUCAUGCUUCUGAAGCUGGAGCAGGACAUCCUGGACUUCAUCAGCAAUAACGACAGUCAGAAGAGGAAGUUUCCGCCCAUGACGGCCUACCACAGGAUGCUCUUACACCGAGUGGCCGCCUACUUUGGGAUGGACCACAACGUGGAUCCCAGCGGGAAGUCCGUGGUGAUCAACAAAACCACCAACACCAGAAUACCCGACCAGAAAUUCUCGGAGCACAUCAAGGAUGACAGAGUGGACGAUUUCCAGAAACGCUACAUUCUCAAACGAGACAACUCCAGCUUUGAUCGUGAAGACAGCGCGAUUCGAAUGCGUCUGAAAGCUGACAAGAGGAGCAAGUCCAUGGAGGAGCGGGAGGAGGAGUACCAGCGAGCCAGAGAAAGGAUAUUUGCACAUGAUGGAGAUCACUUCAUACUGGACAGAAGCGUGCAGGAUGAAGGCUCGUGCUUGAGCACACAGCAGAGGAGGCAGAUGUUCAGGUUACGCGGCGGCCGCUCGGGAGCCAGCCGGCAGAGCAGCUCGGAGACGGAGGCGCUGCCGCGUCACGGCGAGCCGCGGCCGUGGAGCAGCACGGACAGUUCGGACAGCUCCAACCGCCUGGCGCCGCGGCCCGCCAUCACCAAGGCCAGCAGCUUCAGCGGCAUCUCCCCCGGCCUGGUCCGUGGAGACAGCACAGCCAGCAGCAAGAGCACGGGCAGGCUCUCCAAAACAGGUUCAGAAUCUUGCAGUAGCGUCGGCUCCUCCUCCAGCUCUCUGUCCCGCCCCCAGCUGCCCCUCCCGGUCCUGACCUCGUCCAGGUCCGGCAUCCUCAACCCGCCCCUGAUCCACCCGGCCGUGGACCCCAGAGGCCCGGGACUCCCUCCCGACAUGAUGAAGAGCGUCCCGUCGCAGCCUCCGCCAGCAGCCACAGAAGCAACCAACUACUAUGUGUUUCCGUUGGAAGCCUCAGGGAUACCACCUGGCAGCGUUCUGGUCAACCCACACACAGGCAAGCCUUUCAUCCACCCCGACGGCACCGCCGUCGUCUUCAACCCGGCCAACGUCGUCCCCGCUGCCGGCAGGAACCCACAGCAGGGCAAGAACCCACAGCAGCCGAUCUCUGCUGCUGCAGGACAGCAACAGCCGGCCAAUCAUCUGCACUCACAGCCGAUCAUCUGUCCUCCUCUCCAGCCGUCCUCUGAGCCUGUCCACAACCCGGCGGUCUCUUACCCUCUUCCUCCUCCUCCUCUUCCUCCUUCUCAGUUCCUGCCCAUCUGUGCUAACCAACAGUACACUGUGCCCGACGUCCUGAACGCCCAGUUCAGUCACAUGACUCUGACGCAGCAUCCGCCCAGUGACGGUGGAGCCGCGGCUCAAGACGCUCGUCACUAUCCCACUAUGUACCACCACCACCACCACCCGACCCCCAUGGUGCUGCAGGGAGCUCCGCCUCCUCCUCCUCCCCCACAGCAGGUCAACUACGUGGUGGCGGGUCCUUCGGGAGGUCACUCAGCUCUGCUUCAAGGUCAACACAUCCCACUCCAGACUCAAGCCCCCUAUCACCACACUUACCCCAGCUCCACCCCGGGCCCGGCUGCGUUUCCUGGCUCCGCCCUGAACCAGCCGUUACUCCAGCAGCACGCGUACAUCCAGCAGCCUCUCCAGCAGCUGUCAACAUGUUACUGCUCCUCAGCUCAUCAUCCACACUGCUCCACCCAGCAGCAGCAGCAGCAUCAUCAUCAGCAGCAUCAUCAGCAGCAGCAGCAGCAUCAUCAUCAGCAGCAGCAGCAGCUCUACCACCGUCUGCCCGUCAACUCGCUGCCCUUUAACUGCCCUCAGAGCCAAAACCUGCCGCAGCAACAAGUGCACCAGGCCGUGAUGCCAAACCCAGCGUCCAGCUACCAGACUGUAGUGGGCGUUCAGCCAACACCCAACCUCGGCCUCACUGGCAACCAGCAAAGCAAUAUGGGCAACCAGAUGCAAGGCAUGAUGGUCCAGUACUCUCCCAUGCAGUCCUAUCAGCAGGUUUCUGUGCCACAGCAGCCGUACCAGCAGCCGGUGUUUGUCUCCUGUCAGCCAGGACAGAGCGCCGUGGCCGUCGGCGGCAUGCAGCCGUGCUACGGCCUGCUGCCCCCGAACCAGCACGCCACCAUGAGCUCUACAGUGAGUUUCCUCCCCACUCCGAUGAUGGAGCAGCUCCAGUUUCCUCACACGUCCACGCCCUGCGUCUCACAGCAGCACCCGGCUCAGCAGUACGCAGGUUUGUUGCCAGCGCCCCCUGGUGGCAGCGGCGGUGGCGGUGUGGUGAUGCUGCAGAUGACGGCUCCUUCCUGUCAGCAGCCUCGCGCUCCGUCCCCCUGCCAACGCAAACAGCCCGGCUACAAACACCCGGGGAACGAGCACCACCGCGGCCGGCGCCCCGCCGAACUGCAGCUACAGCCACUAACGCUGCAGCCGCCGCCGCAGGUGGACAACGCCCAGAGCAGCCUGCCCUCGUCUCCGGCGCUCACGCCCUCGCCAGGACGACCGCCCAGCGCCACAGGACUCCCAUCAGGCCUUUCACCCAUCCCUCUCCUGGCCCCGCCCCCUCAGCUGCGUACAGCUUUCUGCCACAGUGGACAAGGUGAAACUCACUUCUCUCUCCUGGGUCAACCUCUGCAUUACAAACCCAACAUCAGACCUUCACUGCUGCACACUGCACACAUGAUGACCAAACACCAGGGUUCAUUCGGCGUUUGGCGUGGCGGUCAUGGGAGGAAGGCGGGCAGGAAGUCUGUGUCCUCAGAUCUCGGUUGAGCAGUUGUGUCCUCCAGAGGGCGACAGCUGCACAGACUCCAGCCUCCUCCUGGCUCCACUCUGCAGCAGCAGCGGUGGCGGGGAAUCGAACCCCCACUAUCAUCGUCGCCUCCGGACAGAAACAUGGCCUCAUCUCACUCUCCUCCUUCCAGCCUGGCCGUCCCACACACACACACACACACACACACACACACACACACCUCGCUCCACAGCGCCCCCUCUCUGCUCCACACACACACACAAAGACGAGCGGCGUGACUGGGACAGAUGUGCACACGCUGCCUCAGUCUGGACUCCAGACGUCCUCUCAAAAACUGACUCUACCAAUGUCCACUCUUUUUUUUUUAUGACCUUCUUUUAUCUUUUCAGAGGCCGACACACGGUGGCGCCACCUGCUGGCCUCUUCCCCAGUUUGCUGUUGAAGUGUUCAGAGAAGGUUUUACGGGAAGUUCUUGUCUCCACUGUGGCUCCCUUUUUUCUUUUCUUUU